CCAAACCGAAGCGGCCACUCGGACUCAUUUCCCCGCAGAGUGUCCGACGGAGCCCCGCUGCUUUCCCUGGUGGUUCCUCCGCACACGUUCCGGACUUUUCUAAAUGAAACUACCGAGGGAGGGUUAGAGGAAACUCGCUGGUGGAGCCGCUGUCUAUUAUCGGACAUGGAGCCCAAACCCCAGAGCGUGGUGGUGGAGCGACUCGUGACUGAGCUGGGUUCUCUGCUGAAGAUGUUGGACCACGAGACGGUCAGUCCGGCCACUGCCGACAAGAUGGCCUCCAUACGCAACACCCUGGACUCACUGCAGCUUUCUGUCAAUGGAUCAGAUGUCUACAUGAACAGCUGUCUCUAUGGCAACGGCACAAGCUUUGUGGAGUCUCUGUUUGAGGAUUUUGACUGUGAUUUGCACAUGCUCAGUGUGUCUCCAGUGGAGCAGAAAGAGGAAGUGGAGAAGACUCCUCCUGAUAAAGCUACACCCACCGACACGCCCCCUCCUGUGCCCACCACCCCACUUCCUGAUGACUACUAUGAGGAGGCUGUUCCCCUGGAUCCUGGGUCCACCCCUCAAUACUUCACCACCAAUAUGGACCCUUCCUCAGUGGAGGAUGCUUAUUACGAAGAUGCGGACGAUAACUACCCCAUCACCAGGCUCAACGGUCCUCCCAAAAACUCCUACAAUGACUCAGACGCUCUGAGCAGUUCCUAUGAGUCUUACGAGGAAGAGGACGAGGAGGCAAAGGGGCGGGACCGGCCUCAGAGAUGGACGGUCGAGGAGAGCCCAGACGUACCAAUCAGAGACUGCCGCAUCUGCGCCUUCCUGCUACGGAAGAAGCGCUUCGGCCAAUGGACUAAACAGCUUGUCGUCGUGCGAGACAAUAAACUACAGUGUUAUAAGAGCAUCAAAGAGAGCACCCCCCACACAGAGCUCCCGCUGAAUCUGUGCAACGUCAUCUACGUCCCGAAGGAGGGCAAGAAAAAGAGACACGAGCUGCGCUUCUCGUUGCCUGGAGGCGAAGCUCUGGUCCUGGCUGUGCAGAGUAAGGAGCAGGCCCAGCGGUGGCUCAAGGUGGUGCAAGAAGUUGGCAGCCAAUGUAGCAACACCGAAGGACCAGAUGUUUCCACUUCUCCCAUUAUACAGAGGAAGCUGGAGCUUGACAAGGUGCUGCAGUGCGAUCGGCCAGCAUCAGACUCAGACAGCGGACCAACAGUGGACACUCAGUCCAUUGCACAUGUGCCAGGACGGGACACAACUGACUCACUAAACCGAGGGAAGCGCGGAGCCUUCUCUGAGCUGACGGGGUCGAUGAGCCGGGCAGCAGGGAAGAAAAUCAAUCGCAUCAUCACUUUCUCCAAAAGGAAACCUCCUUUACCUGGAGAGGUCGCCUCCUCUGCUGGUCACCAUGACAACCCGCGCUGUGGUUACCUGAGUGUGUGUCUUAGUGGCUCAUGGAAGGAGCGCUGGUGUGUGGUGCGAGAAGGAAGCCUGUACCUGCAGAAGGAACCCGGGGAGCAGCGGCUCCCCGUCUCCGUGGUGCCGCUCAAAGGGGCAGAGGUGAUGCCCGGCGGCCCCGGCCCCAAACACCCCUUCUCCUUCCGCAUCCUGCAGGGAAGCAAUGAACUGGCAGUUCUAGAGGCCAGCUGCUCGGAGGAUCUCGGCCGCUGGCUCGGUGUGUUGUUUGCAGAGACCGGCAGCUCCACUCUCCCUGAAGAGCUGCACUACGACUACAUCGACGUGGACACGCUCACCGACAUCCGGCACGCGGCCAGAAACUCCUUCAUGUGGGCCACUACCACUGCUGCGUCCUCCAGCAGCACCUCAACGGACUCCAGAACUUAUGAUGAGGUCUAUGAAAGUGUUGAGGACACGGAUGUUGAGAGCAGGACGAGCCAGGUGAGACGCCACGCCUCCUUCUCCAGCAGAGACUCUGAAAAGACUGAACAGCAAGCCGCCAUCAAGAGACACGUCUCCAAUGUAAAUCAGUGUGGACGGUAUGGAAAGACUCGAGCAGAGGAGGACGCCAGGCGGUACCUGACGCAGAAAGAGGAGCUGGAGAAGAAAAAAGAGGAGCUGAGAAACGCACUGAUUUCCCUCCGCAGGGAGAAGAAGGAGUUGAAGGAGGAGAUGAAGUGUGCCACAGGUCAAGCUCUGGAGCAGCGGUUAGCCGUGCUGGAGACGCUGUGUAAACAGAAAGAGGAGGAGCGGGUGGAGCUGGAGCUCCGUCUGACAGAAGUCAAAGAAAACCUGAAGAAAUCAUUGGCUAGAGGAGCACUGGGUCCGCCCACUGACACCAAGUUCAGUGUGAAGACACAGGGCAGUAAAGUUGAAAAGGUUUACAAUGAGACUGUGCCAGUGAACGCAGCAUCUGAGCUUCGUAAACGGCCUCCAUCUCUGUACGCCUCCUCCAAGGGGAAUGUCAUGCAGAAGAAGAAGGAGUGGGAGUCAAAGAAGGCGACCUAGACCGAACAUGAAUGGAUCGACGGGAGGAAAAAAAGAACUGAGCCGUAACGUGAGGAUGUGUAAAGGAAGGAAGGAGCAGAUGAAGGAGAAGUACAAGUGGCACUGGAGAGGAAGAAGAAGAGAACGAGGGGAGGACAGACUGACACAUUCUUCCCUUCUCUUAUCUAAAAACGUGCAGGAAUCUUUGCAAGUACAGGCGGCGCAGUGCCGUCUCAACCUCUGUAAAUACGACCGACUCGACGGAUGCACCAGUUCAGUAUUAGUGUGGAUCACAGAGAACGUGAAGUGUUAAUGUUUGUGUGAGUUUGCAUGUGUGUACACAUUUGCACAGAGAGUGACGAUGUGAUUGUUUUCAUGACGUAACAGCAAAGGGAGAGUGUGGUUCAUCAACGCUGUGCGGUCAGAGUCACGUACAAGACUUCCUGUAAACAUCCACUGAUAUUAUUCUUUUUUACAUGAUGUGUGUCAUGGAAAGUGAACAACUAAAGUAAAGAAAUUCUUUAAUUACCUUAAAUUAUCAUCAUUAGUGAGAGAAGUGUCUCACAUGUUGUGAAGUUAUAUUGAGUAUGACACUGUUCCUGAAACCAGUGAGUAAAUGUUAAUUAUUACAAUGUGAAACCAUUGGGUUUUUGAACCAAUAUGUGUAUAUUUUUCUUAUUUGCCUUUUGCACUUUAUCUUGUUGUAUUCUGUGAUAACACAAAUGUUUUGGAAAUCCGCCUCCGUUUUCAUCUCAGCAGAAACGUGACCAAGUGUCUGCUUUCCCUGCUCGUCACAGAGAUAUGAACAAACACACGUGUUGGAGUAAAUGGUUCCUUUAUCAAACAA